AGGGUAGGAUCCGGGCUGGACCUCGGCGCUGGGGGUCCGCAAGGGGGUUUUGCACCGCUAGGCUGUACUGCGUCAGGGAUGAGGUGGGGCUCUGCUCCUGGAGGCCCGAUUUCGGCCGGAGCAAAACAUGGCGCAGGCGAGGCCCGGCUCGGGAAGCGCUAUUAGCGCGUGAAAAGUGAGAGCGAGGGGACGAGGCUAGGGAAAGGCUUGUCCCCUCUUCUGCUGGGGGAAUCUGAACAGAGGAACCAGCAGGAGCGUGGGAGAGCACAUCAAUCGGAAUGAGACGAUAACGUCAAAUGUGCUUUGUUUGUAUUAGGAUUCAGACAAGAUCCACACAUUACAUUUGGCUGCCCUACAUGAAAUAACUUAGCAGGCUUGGGAUUAUUCUAAAGAAAAGACUGGUCCUUGACUGGCUUCUGCAGAUAACCUCUAAACCCUUAGAAUGUCCAGCGUGGGAGCUACAUCCAAGACCUGAUGGAGGAGACUGGGCUCCCUGCCCAGGUGGCAACAGAUGUGGAAUUAUCUGCCUCAGGCAGCCCCUGAUGACGAGAUAAGGAGCAGUAACGACAGCAGCAAACGAAGAAGCCCAGCAGAAGUGAGCCUAUUCACCACAGCCAGACACUGAUCAUCCGAUCCUCAGCGCCUCCCACGCUCACUGCUUGGGCUGUCACGACCGUGGGGUGGGGCAAGAUGGCGCGGUCCCCAUGGUAGCCUGGGCGUGAGGGCGGGGCCACGAGCCUCACGUGAUCGCCCCGCGGGCCGCGAGCCCCCCAGCUGCCCAAAGCGAGCGCCGGGAGGCUGGCGGCCGCGCUGACAGUGCUUUAGCCCCUCUAGGGGCGUGUUCUCGUGUCACAUCAAACCCUGAGGUCUCCCUCUUAGCAGCCGAAGGCCAGAGCGGGGCCAGGAAAGGGGGCACUGGGACGUGCAGAGGCAAAGGGACUGCGGAACGAGGUCCCUACUAACGGCGCCGAGGCAGGAGGUCGGAGCCCCUAGCGAAGGGCUGGGCCGGAGGAGACCUCGCGGGCGUCCUGGGGGACUGCCGGGCGCUGAGGGCGAGACUAUUGGGGAGGUUCACGGCUUUCCACCCAGGCCCUGCGCGCCGUCGGGGACUCGGGCGUCCCCUCGGGGCUUCGAGCACUUAACUUGGGCAUUUUCUGGGUUUCUUAUCGCCAUCUGGCCUCUAAGCCAGCAGGACUGAAAACCGGCUUCAGCCAAAUGUCCUCUUCCCUCUGAGGAGAGGAGCUGAGCCUGUCAGCCGGAGGGGGACACGAGAGGGCUGCCCUGGUUCCCAGGGGGUGAAAGGAACGGAGAACGCCCUCUUUGACCAUCAAAUGUCCCUUGUAUUUCCCUCCCUGUUGAGUAGGCUUGCCGGGGCUGCCCGCUGGGGAGGAGGGACGGACGACGCUCAGCGGGCUAUGCCCUUGCUACCUUCAUGAGGCCGCUGACGGAGACCCAGGAGAGAACCGGCAUGGGGCGAAGUCUUGCCCUCUCCCCUCCCCGCCUCCCAGGCGCUGGGGCUGGCGAUGUGGAGACGUGAGGGGGACCCGCCGCUGCCCGGGGUUCUCCAGGACUCCACCAGGCACCCGCGCGUUCCUCCGCGCCCGGGGCAGGACAGAGUGGCGCGGGGGUCCGGGGCAGGCGCCCGGGCGGGCGACGACAGAGCCGGAGCUCCAUCCUCGCCAUGGGGCACAACGGCAGCUGGAUCUCCCGAAACGCCAGCGAGCCGCGCAACGCGUCGGGCGCCGAGGCAGCAGGCGCCAACCGCAGCGCGCUCGGGGAGUUCGGCGAGGCGCAGCUGUACCGCCACUUCACCACCACCGUGCAGGUCGUCAUCUUCAUAGGCUCGCUGCUCGGAAACUUCAUGGUGUUAUGGUCAACUUGCCGCACAACCGUGUUCAAAUCUGUCACCAACAGGUUCAUUAAAAACCUGGCCUGCUCGGGGAUUUGUGCCAGCCUGGUCUGCGUGCCCUUCGACAUCAUCCUCAGCACCAGCCCUCACUGUUGCUGGUGGAUCUACACCAUGCUCUUCUGCAAGGUCCUCAAAUUUUUGCACAAAGUCUUCUGCUCUGUGACUAUCCUCAGCUUCCCUGCCAUUGCCUUGGACAGGUACUACUCAGUCCUCUAUCCGCUGGAGAGAAAAAUAUCUGAUGCCAAGUCCCGAGAACUAGUGAUAUACAUCUGGGCCCAUGCAGUUGUGGCCAGCGUCCCUGUGUUUGCGGUGACCAACGUGGCCGACAUCUAUGCCAUGUCCACUUGCACCGAAGUCUGGAGCAACUCCUUGGGACACCUGGUUUAUGUUCUGAUCUAUAACAUCACCACGGUCAUCGUGCCUGUGGCUGUGGUGUUCUUCUUCUUGAUACUGAUCCGCCGGGCCCUGAGUGCCAGCCAGAAGAAGAAGGUCAUCAUAGCGGCGCUGCGGACCCCACAGAACACCAUCUCUAUCCCCUAUGCCUCCCAGCGGGAGGCUGAGCUGCACGCCACCCUGCUCUCCAUGGUGAUGGUCUUCAUCUUCUGCAGCGUCCCCUAUGCCACACUGGUCAUCUACGAGACCGUGCUCAAUGUUCCCGACACUUCCGUCUUCUUGCGGCUCACCGCCAUCUGGCUGCCCAAAGUCUCACUGCUGGCCAACCCUGUGCUCUUCCUCACUGUGAACAAAUCUGUCCGCAAGUGCUUGGUUGGGACCUUGGUGCAACUGCACCACCGCUACAGUCGCCGGAAUGUUGUGAGCGCCGGGAGCGGUAUGGCUGAGGCCAGCCUGGAGCCCAGUGUGCGCUCAGGUAGCCAGCUCCUGGAGAUGUUCCACAUUGGGCAGCAGCAGAUCUUUCAGCCCAUGGAGGAUGAGGAAGAGAGUGAAGCCAAGUACACCGGCUCAGCUGACCUCCAGGCCAAGGAGCUGCCUACCCCCUGCCUGGAGGCAGAGCAGGGGUCACAGUUUGCAACCCCUGCACUGCCUCCAGGCACAGUGGACUCCAUAUCCCAGGUGGCGCCAGCCAUCCCCAUGGAACCUGAGACAUUCCCUGACAAAUAUUCCCUGCAGUUUGGCUUUGGGCCUUUUGAGCUGCCUCCCCAGUGGCUCUCAGAGACCCGAAACAGCAAGAAGAGGCUGCUUCCCCCCUUGGGAAAUACCCCAGAAGAGCUGAUCCAGACAAAGAUGCCCAAGGUAGGCAGGGUGGAGCGGAAGAUGAGCAGGAACAAUAAAGUGAGCAUUUUCCCAAAGGUGGAUUCCUAGCAAGGCUUGUAAAUCCCUGGAAGCCACAGGGCUUCCACAUUCCUACCCUCCUUCACUGGGCCCUGAGAUUGAUUUGUAGGAUCUCAUUGCAACCCGGUAUGGGUUGACUCUUCCUAUAUGACCUGAGUGCUUUUGAAUGGGAAGGAAACCUAUAUAAAAUCAAAUGUCCUCUUUAUUGAGGGCGUAUAUAUAUAUUUAUCUCAGUGAUCCACGUCCUUAGUAAAGUCUACAUUCCUCUCUGGGGAGACAAAAGGUGGGUAGUGGGAAACAGGUCUUGGGGUGAGUACUCCGUGUGCAUUUUCUGGGGACAUCUCAGUUCCUGGGCUCCGUAGAGAAUACAUGGAGAGAAAGAGAACAGGGGUAUUCUGAGGAAGCCCAAGAUAAUGAUGGAGCUCUGUGGCUACAGAGAAAAUCCUAUUUUAAAAUGACAAAUAUUAAAAAUGUUUUAUAAUGGUCUCUAUCUUUAGGGAGGGUGAGGCCUUGGCAUUUGACACCUUUUCUCUGAAAGUUCUGAUCACGUGACUCAUUUCGUCUGGAUCUCCUGCACUGGAAUGUAAGUGAAGGAUGCGUGACUGUUGCAGCUCCAUUUGACAGAUAUGGCAACAGACAUGCCUGGGGAGAAGGGAGAUAUUUUAUCCUUGAUUAUCCUGACAUUCUCCUGGCAUCACUAAAUCUUCAGAAAGAUUAGUUUGCAGUGUUGGUUGGAAAACACUGCAAGCUCUUUACAUGUUUUUUCCCCCCUUAAGUUUUUUUUUUUUUUUCUUGUAACAAAUGAGAGAGAAGCUUAGAGGUGGAGAAGAGAGACCAAGGAAUAUUCACAUUCUGUAGUCUUUUCCCACAGUGAUUCAAAUCCACUUUGAGGUGGUUUCAUCAGGCUGAAUUCAAACCACAGAUGACACUUCAGUGUCAGUGAGGGUGAAUCAAGUGCCAGCUCUGCUCUUCUCUAGAGGGUGUUUUGUUCUUGUUUAUAGUACACAGGGGAGCCAAUCCAGUGCCUUGAGAAAGCUUAAGGGGAGGCGAGCAUCUUCAGAGGCAAACUCCACAUCCCAAAGGCAGUGGUCCUCAUGGAUCUUCUCCUUCAACCACACUGGCCCUUGUCCCUCAGAGGAAGAUCAGAUUCAGUGUAGGGAGUUUCCUUUCCUUUCCUCUCCUGGGUGCACUGUCUUGUGAUUCCUGAAUGUGAGUCCUUCCCCGAGGAGGGAGUGCCUUCCUCUUUGUGUUUUUCUCCUCGAAGCAUUGUGUGCCCUCUGAGGGAACAGGGGCCUGCCACCCCUCUCCCAGGGCCCCUGCUUUUGUGCAUGCCAUCUGUAGUCCCUCACCCUGAUUCUUCAUGUUGUGGCCCUUUAAGAUUAUCUUUCAAAACCUUCACAAUUGUUACAGCUUUCUUCAAGGGGAAACAUAAUCUCUCAGAAAAUUGUGUCCUGUAGAAUAAUCUGUCAAGUGUUGGUGUCCUUCUGAUAAUGUGUAUGUACAACUUAAUAAAUUCUGGUGAGCCAGAGUUUGGUACAUAUUUCUUAUGUGUGUUUGAAGCAGUUGGUUGCCUUCUAACAGGUCAUGGUCGGGUGUAUUUCUAUAUGCUUUGAAGAAUUAUGUUUUAAUAAAAAAUUGAAAAGCAGUUUCUGAACUCA